GAACCUUUAUUCUUUUUGGUUUUGGUUUGAAGCGCAUCAGAUUUGAGUUAGAGGCACUCAACAGACAGCUAUGGCAGAAGAGGCAAAAGACCCUUUCAAGGGAGUCGAUUGGAAAGCCGUGGGUGGCGAUAUGCAGAAAGAUCCCAGCUCUAUAAACAUUUUAAAGAAAAGGCGUCCAACAAAAGUUAGGCAAAUUCCAGAGUAUUAUUUUCUUCCUAGAAGAUCCCUUCCCUCGGUCCUUGCAUUCUAUGGCGCGUGUAUUGCAGGUGGAAUUGGAGCUGGGAUGCUGGUGGAGAUAUGGAUUAACGACAAAGUUAAAAAGGAUGGAGGUGUGGUCUGGGAGUUUGACAAGUAGAGUACAGAAGUAUGAAGCUGUAAUAAGAUCAUCCAGUUCUGGUUUUUGUUUUGUUUUGUUGUCAAUCCUUAGUUUUGGCACAUAUAAAGGAAAACAUCUUUUAUUGUCACUGUGAAGUUGUACAAAAAUUGGAAGCAAUAACCAGUAAGUUUUUCGAAGUUAUGACUCCAAUUCAGCUAUUGGUUGUUUCUGUAGUUAUAGAUCAAGCACAAAUGACAAUAAAUACAAUCAUUUUUGGUAUAAAGCUUAUACAGAUUGUUGCUUUUCUCUGGUAAA